UAGGCCCAGGUACCAGAUCUCUGGAUCCUGCUGCUCAGUACACCAAGCUUUCAGUCUCUCUCCUUGCCUUUGUCUUAUUUGUGUUCAAAGAAAAUCAACCAGGAAAAAAAAUCUCAUGGCAAAUAUCCACCAGGAAAACGAAGAAAUGGAGCAACCCAUGCAGAAUGGAGAGGAAGACCACCCUUUGGGAGGGGGAGAAGGCCACCAACCUGCAGGAAAUAAUAGACGGGGACAGGCUCGUCGACUUGCUCCUAAUUUCCGAUGGGCCAUACCUAAUAGGCAGGUCAAUGAUGGGAUGGGUGGAGAUGGGGAUGAUAUGGAAAUGUUCAUGGAAAAGAUGAGGGAAAUCAGGAGAAAACUUAGGGAGCUGCAGUUGAGGAAUUGCCUGCGUAUCCUGAUGGGGGAGCUCUCUAAUCACCAUGAUCAUCAUGAUGAAUUUUGCCUUAUGCCUUGACUCCUGCCAUUUUCCAUGA